AUGUCAGCAACCGAGACCGAAGCUACAGCUUUUCAGCAAAGCCUGAACAAUGACCUGGUUACGUUCACCCCGCGGCACUACGAUGACUGGCGCGACGAGUUCCAUGAGAAUGGAUGUGUCGUUAUCAAAAAUGUCAUCAGCCCCGAGCGCGCCGAGCAUUAUCGCGAGAAGCAGAUUCAGUGGCUGAAGAACUUCGACCUUGGCUUUGAUGAAAAUGAUGAAAGUACUUGGACGGCGGAUCAUUUGCCGAUUAGCUUCAAGGGAGGCAUGUAUUUUGCCUACGGUUCUCCCCACGAGAAGAUGGCCUGGGAGGCGCGAACCGAGCCUAAGGUGAUGGAGAUCUUUGAAAAGCUCUGGGAAACCAACGAGUUGAUCUCUUCAUUUGACGGGAUGAACAUUUCUUUGCCCCGACGCAAGGAUCUUAACUGGAGUCCCUGGCCGCACUGUGACCAGAACCAAAACCGCAAAGGUAUGCAAGCUGUGCAGGGCUUACUCAACUAUGCCCCAAAUGGUCCAAAUGACGGUGGUCUCAUGUUGAUGAAGGGCUCAUCGAAGCUUUUCGAUGAGUUUUUCAAGCACAAGCGUGAGUCAUUCGACCACGAGGAUGCACCACCCCCCGAGCUUGAGUUUAUGGACCUGUUCCUGUUCAGUGAGAAGGACGUCAAAUGGUUUGAAGAGCACGGUUGUGAGCUGAUCAAGGUCAACAUGGAGCCUGGUGACUUUGUACUCUGGGAUUCGCGCACUAUGCACUACGCUCGCUUGCCAGAAGGCAACCAGAUUCGCCAUGUUCAGUACAUUUGCAUGACACCGAGACGAUUUGCAACCCCCGAAGUGCUGGAGCUGAAGAAACAGUGCUUUGAGGCUUACACUGGCACAACUCACUGGCCACACUGCAACAUUCGUCCUACCAAGGAGAAGCCGAUGCGUGACGGCAAAGUGUGUCCCAAAGAUCGAGCUGAGCCAUUCGAAAAGCCAGACAUGACGGAUACGGUGCUCAAGUUGGCUGGUGUGAAAGCCUAUUAG